AUGAAUAAUAUAAUGGAUGAUAAUUUAGAUAUAUUUGAUGAUUUAAUGCUUAAAAAAGAAGAAGUUAAAUAUUUGUUUGAAAAUGGUGAUGAGGAUUUGAAUAAUUUUCUGAUAUGUAAAAAAAUAAACUUAACUAAAGAAAAAAAUGAAAAUAUAAAAAAUAUGAAAAAAUUAAUUUUACAGUAUCCAGAUAUUUUUGUAAAAAAUUCUUUUAUUUUGAGAGAAUUAAAAAGAAACAUUGAAGAAAAUGAAAUACUUUUUAACAAUAUAAAUUUGAAUUAUGAAAAAAUAACAAAAUUAUUUGAAGGUGACGAUUAUAAAAAUAAUAUAAAUAAUUUAGAGUAUUCUUUUAAUGAAUACAUUUCAAAAAAUAAUUAUUUAAACAAUAUUUUUAAAAUCCCUUUAAUACUUUAUAAAAAUAAUGAAAAACAAAAUUUACAAGAUUUCACAAAAUAUUUAAAGAUGUGUUGUAACAUUAAAAUAGUUUUAUGCUUUUUUUAUAAUUAUGCUUCAGAAAAUAAAUGCUUAGUUAAUUACUUAAAAGAUUUUGAAAAACACAUGAAUAAAGAAAUCGAAAUAGCAAGAGAAAAUAUAAGUAACUUAAUUAUGAAAAAUGAAAGCGUAGACAUCUUAAAAAAACACUUAAAAUACUUGUUAGAUAUAUAUAAUUAUUAUAAUAUAAAAGUUAAUAAAAAAGAAAUAAAUAAAUACACUAAUGAUAGCAUGAACGGACAAAAAAUAGAAAAUUACAAAGAUCUCUUAAAUCAUUCGGAUUCAUUUAAAACAGAAAUUAAUAAAAAUAACAUGAAUUAUUCCGAUAGUUUUAUAAAUAAUGAUAUUAACGAUGAAGCUAAAAUAAAUAGUGAAUACAUUAAAAGUGAAUUUUUAAUGUUAAAACAUUAUAGUAUAUUAGUAUCUAUAAAAGAACGAUUAGAAAAAAGAAAAAAAAAAGAAAAUAAUUGUUUAAGUGCUUAUGAAAUAAUCAAGAUAUUUCUAAACGAAAUUAUAAAUUUAAAAAAUACAUACGAAAAAAUAUUUAAUGUAAUAGAUACUAAUUUAUAUAAGCAUAUAAUAUUUUUAUAUUAUUUUGCUUUUUCUUUAAUACAUAUUAAAAUAAAAGAAAAGAACAAAAUAAAUGAGAAUAUUCAUAAUACUAACAAAAAUGAUAAUUUGCUAAAUAAACUUAAUUUGGAAAUACUAAUGAAAAUAGGUAAUUCUGAUAAUAUUACCGACAAUAAAUUUUUGAGAAAUAAAGAAAAUUACAAAAACAUCUCUAAUAACAGAAAUGAAUGCCAGCAUAAAAAAAAUAAUAAAAAUGAUACAGACAAAAAUUUAGAUAAUAUCUGUUUUACCCCUAAUAUAAUUAGUAAUGAUAAUACGGAUGCUUUUGAACAAUCAAUAGAUAAUAUGAUUAGUAAAGAUAAAAAUGAAAAAGACGCUAGUGAAAAUUAUACAAAAAAAGAGUAUUUUGAUAUUUUUACUUUAAAAUAUCCUUUUUUAAAUUUAAAUAGCUCUAUUUUUAAUUAUAUGUAUUACUAUGUUUUCUUUAAAGAUGACAAAGAAAUCAUUAGUUUUAACAGUGACGACGAAAAUGAAGAAACAAAAAAAAUAGAGAAAAGUGAGUUUUCAAUUGAUGAGAAAAUAUAUGAAAAGGAUAAUUCAAUGAGUACAUUAUAUCAGAAAAAUGAAAUGAAAAAUCAUUAUAAUUUUAUUGAAAUUUUAUAUGAAGAAAAUGAUAAAAAAUACAAAAGAAAAAAAGAAAAAAAAAAAAAAAGUAAACAAAAAUAUAAAUAUUUUGAUCAUUAUACUUCAAUACAAGUUUUAAUUCGAAACGAAAAAAUCAAAGAAUCUGUGCUGGAUUUAUUUAAAUAUAGAAAUGAUCAUUUAUUUUCACCAAUGGAAAAAGAAAAUGAAGGUAUAGAAAUUUCUAUUAUAUUUCAUAAUAUUUUAAAUAAAAUAUUUAUAAUGUAUCUUUACGAGUUUCUACAAAAAAAUAAUUUACACUUAUAUCAAAAUGUAUUAUUUUUUGAUGAAACAGAAAAGGAAAUAAUAGAUGAACAUAAAAAUAUUAUUUAUGUAAUAUCAGAGCAUAUACAAUAUCAAAAAGAGUAUUUCCUUAGAAAUCAAAAUGAUUUUUUUCAUUUAAAUGAAGAAAAAAAAAAAAAUGCAGAAACUUAUGAUCAGAAAUAUUAUCAUGAAAAAAUAAAUGAAAAAUUUAAACACGAGUUUUUAAUUUCGUAUUUUUAUAAUAUUAUUUUCAUCUUAAAAAAUAUAAAAUAUUAUGUAGAUAAAUCGUUGUUUUAUGUAAUCACUUAUUUAUUUGAAAAUUCUUUUAAAAAUGUUAUUGAAAACUUAAUGAUUAUUUUUUUAGCCAAUAAAAAUAUUUUUUUUAAAUCAAAAAGUUUUCAUUUUAUAAUGGAAAUGCUUUUUAAAAACAUUUUUCCUUUUACUUUUUUUUUUCUUUCUAGUAUUUUUCAAAUUGACGUUACCAGUUCAACGGAAAAGAUAUUUAAAAUCUUAGACAAUUUUGGAAUUAUUGUAUAA